GGUGUGGGAGGGGGGUGUAUUUAAAACACGAUGCUGCUGCUACUGCACAAUAACGGUGCCCGCUGCUUCAUGUGGAGUCGCGCGCCUGUGAAAAGGCACGCACGGACACGGAGAGCCACGCAAGUGACCUUCUGAUCGCAUCAGACGGCGUGUGCAUUUUAAUAAAAGAGCGAACAGGCAGCAAAGUCCCUGCGGGGUGAGGAGUCACACUUGGAAAAAAAGACGCGAAGUCUCUCCGCGGGUCACUGCCUCAGGAAAUGAUGACAGUGUCCUCCAUCACGGCUUAGCCGCCUAAAGCAAACACUUCGCGUCUUGCGGCCAUUUCGUCUGGACUCAGCUGCCUUCGAUUGAACACGUUUGAAAGCCUGACGCGGGCUGCUGGUGGUGCUGGUGGUGCCUCGGAGGGGGAGCAGGUGCAGCGCCCGCACGCAGCUUCGCUUCGCGGGUCCCCACUGAGCUUGCUGGCCGGUGACUUCAAAAUCUAAUCUGGUGGACCAGGCUGGACAUCAUCUUUGAAGAAUGACAUCCACUAUAGAGAGGAAGACGCUGGAGGCCAGCGAGGAACCGGUGGAUGAGGUCCUCCAGAUGCCUCCAUCUCUGCUGACUUGCGGUGGAUGUCAGCAGAGCAUUGGUGACAGAUUCUUCCUGAAGGCCAUCGAGCAGUACUGGCACGAGGACUGCCUGAGCUGCGAUCUGUGUGGCUGUCGGUUGGGGGAGGUGGGCCGUCGUCUCUACUACAAGCUGGGAAGAAAACUGUGUCGGAGAGAUUACCUCAGGCUUUUUGGCCAGGACGGUCUCUGCGCCUCCUGUGAAAAGAGGAUCCGAGCGUUUGAGAUGACGAUGCGUGUGCGGGACAAGGUUUACCAUCUGGAGUGCUUCAAGUGCGCUGCCUGCCAGAAGCACUUCUGCGUGGGUGAUCGUUACCUUCUCAUCAACUCAGACAUUGUGUGCGAGCAGGACAUCUUUGAGUGGACCAAGCUCAACAACAAUAAUAUGGUUUAGGAGGCUGUCUUCUUCCCCCUUGAUUCAAAGGGAAUGGACUACUGAUAGACAUUUUAUAUUUAAAAUGCAGGCUUUAUAAUGCGUUUGAAAUCAAUAUGGAAUCAUUAAAAAAAGCAAACGAGGGGCUACAUCUCUGCAUGUCUCCCUGAUGGGGACUAAUGAAGACUGCACCAGCAAUAACCGAGAGCUUUUUUAUUGAAGGCAAAAAAUAAAUGCUCCAAUACUGACAAUGUUUAAAAAUGCAAUAUUGGUCAUUUGUUGUACGCUGGAACUUUAGAACAAAAAGAAGAUAAAAAAAAAUAUUUGUCCAGUUUCUUGUAGUCUUUACACUGAGCAGAUCAGCAGCUUGUCUUUUAUGGAUUUGUAAUUUCUUAAUACUUUCCCAGCACUAAUUAUUUUUGAACUUUGUUAAAAGAAUGCGUCUCUCUCUAAAUCUAAACAUACAUUAACUUAAUGCUUAUUCAUUGUAACUGUAAUAUGUUAAAGCAGUGGUUGUCGGGCUUUAUUUUGCAUGCCUCCAGUAAGAAGCUGAGAAGAGAUCACCCACCGUAUCACUUCCACCAACAUAUAUUUCUUCAUAUUUUUAUGAAAAAUUAACGAAACAAGCAUUGAAGCUGAAUUUAAAUCAAAUUCAAGUCAUCAUUAUAGCGCUCCACUUCAUUCAUCCAACUUAAGUUGAUAAUUUUCCACAUACAACCAAGGUCCACUUCACAGUUUGUGAAACAAUCUCUUAAAGUCAUUGUUUGCCUGUGGACAAAUUUAAAAUGCUUGAAUGGCCUGCUGCACUGGCUGAUUCACUAGAAAUUAGGUGGAAUGAAUGAAGUGGAUGUGUGCCAGGUGAAUGCCGUGUCUGUACAUCUACGAUUGUUUCUGAAAGUUUUCAAGAAAAUUUGUGAGAAUUUAUUAGGAAAUUACAGACCUGUAAUUAAAGCAUUACCUGAUUUUCAUAUUAUAAAUGAAAAACAACAUCCACUUAUUUAAAGAAAAGAAAAGAAGUUCUGAUCAGAAUGAUUAUGUAUUACCGGGUUGAACUGGUGGCGCCCUCUAGUGGUCAAGGAACCCAUGCAAUUCUUGUUUUACUGACUUUUUAGAGGUUUUGCAUGCAUCUUUUGUAAUUUUACCUAUUCUCUGGACAUCCAUUCAAGACUUUUUGUAUAUUAACCUUGAAUUUAUUUAAUAAAUGACAAUUCAGAGCAAUA